AUGGACCAGUUCAAGCCGGAAGAGACCUUGCGAAUGGAAAUUGGUGGUAACGAGCGCUUAAAGAACUACUUUGUCGAGAAUGGCGUCGACUUAUCGUUACCAGCAAAAGCAAAAUAUGAUAAUUAUGUUGCAGAAGACUACAAGGAAAUUUUGACCUGUGAAGUCGAGGGAAAAGAGUUUGUACCCAAAGACCAUUCAGGAAAGACUUUACCCAGUAAAGACUCUGUUGAUAGUGCUACUGCUGCUGCUGCUUCUGGUGGUGCUGCUGCUGGUGCUGGUGCUGGUGCCUUCUCAACUUCGACCACGUCUGGUGGCACAAGAGGAGAGUUGAAUCCAGAGCACAAAGUAAAAAAUGAAGCAUACUUUGCAUCCUUGGGAGCCAAAAACAACACUAGACCAGAAAAUUUGCCUCCAUCGCAAGGCGGGAAAUAUGCUGGAUUUGGAAACACCCCACAGCCAACAUCGUCAAACUCGAGUGGCAAUGGAACCGGAUCAUCUCUUUCCAACUUCACAAUUGAUAAUUUCCAAAAAGACCCUCUUGGGACAUUUACUAAAGGGUGGGGAUUAUUUUCUUCAUCUGUCGCCAAGUCUGUUCAAGAGGUCCACACCAGUGUUAUCCAGCCAGGGUUGAACUCACUCCAACAAAGUGAAUUUGGCAAUGAGACAAAAAAAGCAAUGGCACAAUUUGGACAAAAGAUGCAAGAAACUGGUAAAUAUGGACAAGAGACAUUUCAAAACUUUACAAAAGACAUACACGAAGAAGGUUUCAACAAAGCUCUUGAUCACCGAUUUAACGGACUAUGGAAAAGAGAUAGCAACGACGAGGUGCCUACUGCUUUUGGGUACAAAAAAAGCAACGAUGGUGUCAAAUAUGAAAGCUUGUCUGGUGGUGGUAAGAAAAGCGAUGAUGAAGACAAAUGGGAUGACUUUUAA